CGCGCACGCAGCGCCUACUGAGCGACUGCGGCAGUAAAAGCGGUUUGCAGACGAAUUUCGAAAUCAACGGCAACGUGAUGGUGUGUUAAUUUAAUUAUUGAUAUCAUUAAAUGGUUCUGUGUUGUUAACUCCGGGAAAAUAAGCACUCUUGCGAUUUUAUUAACUAUAGUUAUACCUAGUUUGUUAAUUUAUUAUAAUGUUUGAAGACGUGCAAGUUAAAAUCGAGAGAGAUGGUUACGCGGUAAUCGAAAACUUUCUGAGCCAAUCCGAAAUAGAUGAACUCAAAAAUGAAGCUGAAAAGCUGAUAAAAAAUAUGCCGGAAGAAUCCAACAGGGCCGUAUUUAACACUGUGGAGUCCGAAGCCAAGCAAAAUAAGGACCAAUACUUCCUGGACAGUUCCGACAAAAUCAGCUAUUUCUACGAAGCCGGAGCCCUAGGCCCGAACGGAGAACUUUUGGUAGACCCCAGCGUUUCACUGAACAAAAUAGGUCAUGCCCUACACGAACUCAACCCCGUCUUCAGAAAGCUAACCUUCUGCGAGCAAGUCAAAGAAACCGCAUUCCAGCUAGGAUUCCAAGAACCAGCAGUCGUACAGAGCAUGUACAUCUUCAAAAACCCCGGAAUCGGAUCGGAAGUUAUUGCCCACCAAGACGCGUCGUAUCUUUAUACUGAACCAGUGAAAGUAAUCGGUUUCUGGAUAGCGCUGGAAGACGCGACUCUUGAAAAUGGCUGCCUAUGGUUCGCAAGAGGGUCCCACAAAGGCGGCGUGCAUAGAAGAUACAUCAGGAACCACGACAAAAAAUCCGACCAACUUUUAGUUUACACCACACCAUCCCCUUACUACCAAAAGAGCAGUUUCCUUGCCGCACCCGUACCCAAAGGUUCUUUGGUUUUAAUUCAUGGCCAAGUGGUGCAUCAUAGUGAGCCAAACAAGUCGCAAAAAUCAAGGCAUGCUUACACCUUUCAUAUAAUUGAGACGAAAAAUACCAAAUAUUCCGAAAAUAACUGGCUUCAACCGAAAAAUAAACCAUUUGCCAAGUUGUAUGAAAAUUAAUUGUACCUUUUAUUGAAUUAAUAGAUUUAUUUUUUGUUAUUUCAU